UCAUGUUUUGAAGUUACACAUCACCCCUAUUCUGAACAUGGUAUAGUCGCUGUCAGUGGGCAACAUGGCGGACGACGAGGAAGGUGCGCCGAUAUCUGACGAAGAAAUGGCCGAGGAAGACUCGAUGUCGACAGGAGACGGCAGUAAUGGUGCUAAUAGUGAAGCUGAACAAUUAUACGAAGUAGAGCAAAUAGUAGGAAUGAAGAAAAAUACAAACGGGAUAAAAGUGUACAAGGUUAGAUGGAAGGGCUACUCAAAAGCAUUUGACACAUGGGAACCAGUUGAGAAUCUGGAGAGCUGUCUGGACAUGGUAGAGGAGUUUGAGGAAGUUAAAGAGAAAGAAAAAAAGAAGCGGUCAGAUGAAAGGAAGAAAAGAAUGGUAAGGGCCAACUUAUCUUAGCUAUAUUUUGAAUUUCUGUUCAUACUUGUGCAGUUAU